GUGGGAAGCUAAGGCUGCAUUGGCUCACUUAACCCUUCUACAGGCACGAAUGUAGUUACUCCUGUCUCCCUUGGAGAAAGGAAGGAAGGAAGGAAGACCUCCCUCCACAGAGAGUUAGCAAGAGACAGGAAAGUAAUCCUGCAAACUACCACCACCAUGAAGACAGCAAAUGCUCUUGCUCUCCUAUUAGUCCUGCUUUACAUCAAUGGCAGCACAGAAUGGCCUACGCACACAGUCUGCAAAGAGGACAACUUGGAAAUAUAUUACAAAAGCUGCGAUCCCCAGCAAGAUUUUGCUUUCAGCAUUGACCACUGUCCUGACGUUGCAACCCACAACUUUAACAUCAGAGCUGCAAUGGUCCUAAAACGGAGCAUCAAGGAACUGCGUGUCAAGGUUGAUCUGAUCAUAAAUGGGAAGACUGUCUUAAGCUACUCAGAGACACUUUGCGAGCCGGGUCAUUCCAAGCUUAUUUUUUGUGGAAAGAAGGAAGGAGAACACCUCUACUAUGAGGGACCAGUCACACUGGGAAUCCAAGAAAUCCCUCAGGGAGAUUACACUAUUUCAGCAAAGCUGACUAAUGAAGAUCAUGCCAUCGUUGCUUGUGCUGAUUUUACUGUGAAAAAUUACCUAGAUUAUGAGUAUUAACAACAAACCAACUUCACAAAAGCUACAGACUACCAAAGCUAGUCAAGGAAAGUUAGCUGCUUACAUGCUGCAAUGAUUCUGAAGCAAAUAAUCCCAGCAUGGUGGUUCUGAUGCUAUUCCACUUAAUAAUUCACUGUUUUUAAGAAAUCACUAGACCCUUUAGUGGUAAUUUUAUCCCUAAAUAUACAUGGGAUCCCACAUUUUGCUUCCAAGGUAUCCAGCAAAAGCAGAAAGUAUCUAAUAGAAACAUUCUCAUUUUAGGAUGAAAAUAGCAUGAGGCAGAACAGGCAACAGGUGCUCUUCUUGCUUCUCAAUAAAAUCAUAA